AGCGGAGCAGCCCGCCAGCGGGGCAGGGAGCGGCGGGAGGACGCGGCGGCGGCGGCGGCGGCGACCCCCGAAACGCUGAGAGAAGGGGACACACGGCGCUCUGCCCCCUCCGCGCGCACACAUUAAAAAUAAUAACAAUAAUUAUAAUUAUAAUAAUAAUAAAAGCGGCGACCCGGCGGAGCGGCGGAAAGGAAGAAUUAAAGCGAGAGAAGGAGGGAGGAGAGACAGAGAGAGCGGAGGAGGAAAGAGAAAAAAAAAAGAGAGGAGAGGAGGAGGAAAGAAAAAAAAAAAAAAGGAAAGAAAAAGCCCACAAAAACAAAGCGAUCGCAGUUGAUGUGGCUGCCGCAAGCUGGACUUCCCCAAACUACGGCGAGACCGUCCGCUCCCGGCGCCGAGGAAAGUCUGCCGCGCUGCGCGUGCUUCCCUCCGCCGCGCGUGUAAUCCUUAACCUUUUAUUCGUCCUGAUUUUGAUGGCUUUCCUGAAUGGCUGACGGCGAGCUUCCCUGGACCUGGCCCCCCGGCGCCCGCCUCGCCUCCCGCUGCAGCUCCGCGGCCGCCGCCCGGCGCUGAGGGCCAGCCCCGACGAGACCCGGCUCCUCUCUUCCCCCCCCACCCCCUCCGCGCCCGCGGAGCCCCGGCCCCGCCGCUCCUCCGCCGCCCCCGCACCCCCCUCGGCCAAAAAAAGAAAGGAAAAAAAAAUAAAGGAAGGAGAGACGGGAGGAAAAAAAAACAAAAAAGGAGGAAAAAAGCAACCCAACAAACAGCCCGACACAGUCACUAACGGCGAAGCUGCUCCGCACCGCCGAGCCCGGCAAACUUGGCGCAUCCGAGGGGGAGCAGGAAGUUUGCGCGACGCGGUCCCCUAGAUAUGGCAAUGGUAGUCGGCGCGUGGCGAGACCCCCAGGACGAGGUGGCCGGAGCCCCCGCCGGGCCCGGCGCGGCCGCGGCGCCGCCGGGCCAGGGGCCGCCGGCCGGGGCGCCGCACACGCCGCAGCCGCCGGGCCCCGGCGGCGCCCCCAGCGCGCCCGCCCAGCCCGCCGCCCCCGGCCCGCAGGGCCAAGGCGACAAGCAGCAGCAGCAGCAGCAGCAGCAGCAGCAGCACAUCGAGUGCGUGGUGUGCGGCGACAAGUCGAGCGGCAAGCACUACGGCCAGUUUACCUGCGAGGGGUGCAAGAGUUUCUUCAAGCGCAGCGUCAGGAGGAAUCUCAGCUACACUUGUCGUGCCAACAGGAACUGUCCCAUUGACCAGCACCACCGCAAUCAGUGUCAGUACUGCCGCCUCAAAAAAUGCCUCAAAGUUGGCAUGAGACGGGAAGCGGUCCAGAGGGGCAGAAUGCCACCCACACAGCCAACUCACGGGCAGUUCGCCUUGACAAACGGGGACCCUCUCAACUGCCAUUCCUACCUAUCCGGAUAUAUCUCCCUUCUUCUGAGAGCAGAGCCCUACCCCACCUCCCGCUUUGGCAGCCAGUGCAUGCAACCCAACAACAUCAUGGGCAUCGAGAACAUUUGCGAACUGGCGGCUCGGAUGCUCUUCAGCGCCGUGGAGUGGGCCAGGAAUAUCCCCUUCUUCCCAGACCUCCAGAUCACAGACCAGGUGGCCCUGCUGAGGCUGACCUGGAGCGAGUUGUUUGUGCUCAACGCUGCCCAGUGCUCCAUGCCCCUCCACGUCGCCCCGCUCCUGGCAGCCGCCGGUCUCCACGCCUCGCCCAUGUCCGCUGACCGAGUGGUCGCCUUUAUGGACCACAUACGAAUCUUCCAAGAGCAGGUCGAAAAACUGAAAGCCUUGCACGUCGACUCCGCAGAGUAUAGUUGUUUAAAGGCCAUAGUCCUCUUCACCUCAGAUGCCUGUGGUCUCUCUGAUGUAGCCCAUGUUGAAAGUUUACAGGAGAAGUCACAGUGUGCUUUGGAAGAGUAUGUUAGGAGCCAGUAUCCCAACCAGCCAACACGAUUCGGGAAGCUAUUACUACGUCUCCCCUCCCUUCGCACUGUCUCCUCUUCUGUCAUAGAGCAAUUGUUUUUCGUCCGUUUGGUAGGUAAAACCCCCAUAGAAACCCUAAUCAGGGAUAUGUUACUGUCUGGCAGCAGUUUUAACUGGCCUUAUAUGUCCAUUCAAUAAAAUAUUGGAGAGAGAAAAAAAAUAAUAAAAAAUGAGAAGGGAGAUGAAAGAGA